AUGUCAAUAAUGGAGAAAUCUUACUGCGGCCCAGUGGAUACUCAAUCAAUCCUUGCCUUCGUCCCCCACCUCCCUGCUAGCGCUCCCGGUGCGACAUGCGAAUCCGCAAAAAGUCGAGCUCAAUCCGUGUUCACCAGAUUGUUGUUGGUUGUAACUUUCUGCUUCGCCACAUGUAUCCACGGUUACCAAAUCCUCCUCAACUACGGCUACAACGCAACUUUUGGUUAUGAAGUACCAGAGGCCUACACAAUUGUCAGCUCAAGUUCUGACGCAACUAACAUUUUGGCGGACACCGUGCUGUAUAGCGAAAUCACGGCAGACUCCCUCUCGUUGAAUAAUACUGUUGUGAUCUACAACAACGAACAACGCACUUAUUCCUUGGUGGAUGCUUCCUACCCUGAUUCAGGGAGGUACAAAAUUCGCCUGGUAGAAUCAUCCCCACGUCGAGGAUUGUUGGCGGAAUCGAUAGCAUUUUUUCCUCCAGGAGUUGGAAUGCAAUCAUCGUCUGCCAGUACAUCGUCCCCAAUCUCUACGACCUCUUUUGGUGCCAUCACAAUCUCCGCAACUGCUGUGACUUCCUCACUUUUCUCAAACUACUCCUCCAGCUAUUCGCCCAGCAAAUCAACUUUACCGUCCGUGGCCGCGAGUAGCUUUAAUCCAAUUUCAACGGCAGGCCAGUCUUCAGGUUCUGUAGGGGGACCUCCAUUGGCUGCCAUAAUUGGAGGUGUUCUGGGAGCUUUACUUACUCUGAUAUUGUCACUCCUCAUCUAUCUCUGUCGACGAAAAAGAAUCAAAUUCCAGAGGCUGAAACGACAGGACUCACUUAGCGGUAAUCCCACUGCAAUGUACUCCCACCCUUCCUCGUCAGCUUUCUUCAAGUCUUACAGCUCGCAAAGCCGUAGUCAUCAAAUCUCUACUGAAUCGCCGUCGGACCCGUUCAGUGGGGGUGUCCUCUAUUCAUCGCGGGAUGACUCCGGUUCAGCCCUGGCUAGCUCAUCAACGUCGACAAAUCCUGCAAUUCUUGAAGAGCUGAAUUCGCUCAGGGCGAAAAUCAAGGACCUUGAACGCUUGCAGCAGUCAAUGCCUGAGGCACCAACAGAUGUCAUAACUCUCAUUCCCCUAUCGUUCUCUGACCACCCCGCUUCGAUGGCGCGUCAAUCCCAAAGUCUUCCGACGACAAACAUUCCUUUCUUUCUCCUCGCGUUCGCAUGCAAGUCGACACGCGCGUUAUUCCUACCCAACGAAAACGAAAAGAUUCCUCCAAAGCUGGGAAAAUACGAUUUAGAUUCUCCAAACUUUAAGCGCCAAUUUUCAUCGUCAUCGUCAUCUUCAAGUUCUUUCCAAUCUGCUUUUUUUCCUUCAGAUGAUCCAUUUACAUUUUUUCCGACGGGGAGCAUAUCCAUUGAUUUCUUUCCAACGACGUCGGCCUCAAGCUCCCAGACGUUUUUCCCUUUCACAUCCCCAACUUCGUUUCCAUUUCAAGAAUCGACCACGUCUCCCUUUUUCGACGAUUUCUCGUCCACAUCCAGCGCAUCCUCGAUUGAAACUACGUCGUUUUCAUUUUCAUCAUCAUCAAUGUCUUUCGAAACUAGCGCGGCAAGCCCUACCGACACACAAAUGUCCGUGGCAACCUCGAGCGGCUCGAAGAGCCCUGUGAUACCGAUAAUCAUAGGCACAGUCACUGGAUGCUUGAUCGCCAUAUCCAUCGUACUGUGCCUGAUAUUUCUGAGGAAACGCAGACGCAGACGACUGAAAGAGGCUGAACAGCUGAAGGUGGAGAAGGCAUUUGGCGCCGAAGGCGGCUUCCAUCUGUUGGUCGACGUGUCCGGAUCAGAUCCCACAGGAAUAAACCCCUAUACGGCUCCGCCUACAACUCGACCAGUUGUGUACCCUGACGAGAAGUCACCUUCGUCAGAUGGACUGCUCUCUGUACCUUCUGGAAGCACCAUCAACACUCAAUCGCUCGCUGGGACGUCUUCGGGAUCGGUGUCGAGUGCGCCUGUGUCUCCAAUUACAGAAUACACUACACCUACCUCCGCGCUCAAUCAGCAGGCUUUGUUGGAACAGCUCAAUCUCUUACGGGCACAAAUUCAGCACGUUGAGGCUCUGGCGGGUAUAAGCGCCAGCGGUCCAUCAUGUCAGGCAUCAUCCACUGGCACACAGGACAGCUCGGAGCCUCCGCCAGAGUACGACGCAAAUCUCGGGGACGCAAGCACCCAACGAGCAGGCGGGAAAGGGGCUGCUUUGCCAUAG